UGCACGGAAUACACGUCCUUCCUCUUUUAAACAAACAUUGCUAUUCAUUCUUCUCUGGCAAAUCGUUUUGAUAUAAUCGAAACAGCUACCGGCCGCCAUAAACUCAAAUGAUCACGGGACAGAAAAAUUCAGUAGUCGCUAACGAAAACGUACAUUAUUGUGUGUCAACAGUUUUCUUGAAUUAAGUGAAACAGACGCAUGCGUUUUUUUUCUCUGUAACGGAUGAUCAUGGACCUUUGGCAAGUAGAGCGUUCCUAUUUGCUGCUGACGGCUGUCAUUGCUCUAGUGGUCGCGUGGUUUAUGAAGCGAAUAAUAAACCGUCCUCGAAAUCUGCCGCCUGGGCCGAAUGGACUACCUCUCCUUGGUGUCGCUUUGAAGCUCAUCGGAUCCGACCUACUUGCUCUCUUUUCAUCAUGGGCCGACAAUUACGGGGAUAUUGUUUCGUUCAAUGUCGGACCGAAGUUGAUAGUUCUCCUGAAUUCUUACGAGGUCGUCGUCGAAGCCUUCCGAAAUCCGGACCUCCAGAAUCGACCUGGGAGUCAAAUCAUGAAGGAAAUAUCAGGAGGAGGGAAGAAUGGUGUACUGUUGUCCGUCGGAGAUACAUGGAGGGAACAACGGAAGUUCGUCCAUUCUGUCUUCCGGAGUCUCGGGGUCGGGAAGAAGAGCUACGAAGAUAUCGUUGCAAGAGAAAUGGACCAGCUUGGGUCCGCCAUCGAGGAGAAAAGGGGGACCCCCUUCGACCCCAACACAAUCUUCGGUCAGGCGGUGGCCAACAUCAUCUGCUCAAUCGUUUUAGGAACACAGUACAAAUACGACGACACAGAUUUCAAGCAUAUCAUAGAGCUGUUGAUAAGAAACAUUGAGUUGUUUGGUGGUGGCGCUUGGAUUUUUUUUCUCCCGUUGCCUGGCAUUUCGAAGAUUCCGUUUGGUGCAGUCAAAGCCCUCGUUUCCAACACCAGAGAACUGAACACCUUCGUCAGGACCAUGAUCAAAUCUCACGAGCUGAACCUUGACCCCGAGCACCCAAAAGACUUCAUUGAUCAGUAUCUCAACAAGUUAAAUGAAACAAAGGGAACAGAUUCAUCAUUUAGCCAGGCCAACCUAGAAGCGGCUAUCAAAGACCUGUUCUUUGCCGGGACCGACACGACAACAAACACGCUCAAUUGGUCUAUUCUCUUCAUGAUGGCACAUCCGGACAUCCAGUCACGUGUUCAGACCGAACUUGAUCAGGUGGUCGGACGACAUCGCCUCCCGAAGCUCGACGAUCGCAAGAAUCUCCCAUACACGAGUGCUGUAUUGAUGGAGGUCCAACGCAAGGGCGCUGUACUCGCGCUAGGCGUUCCCCACGUAGCAGCUGCUGACACACAGGUGAGAGGCUACACAAUCCCCAAGGGCGCCACCAUACUAUCCAACCUCUACAAGGUUCUGAACCGAGAGGACUUGUGGGGAGAUACUAACGACUUCAGACCUGAAAGAUUUCUCAGUAAAGACGGAGAGUUCAUCAAGAGAGAGGAAUUGAUAUUUUUUAGCAGCGGCCGUCGCAUGUGUCUGGGUGAGCAGCUAGCCAGGAUGGAAACCUACCUUGGUUUCACGAGUCUCCUGCAAAGAUUCACCUUCAAGAAACCAGACCAUACCCCACCGCUGUCUUUCGCCGGAGUCCUGGGGGGCACCAGGAACACCGUACCCUACGUCACCUGCGCCAUCCCACGAGAGACAAAGAUAUAGGCCUGUAAGGAGGAGGCGGGG